GCCGUCUGGGUCCCCAGCGCAGCCGUUCCCGCGGCUCCUUAGGCUCCUCCAGCGCCGCCGGCGAGGCGAGGCGGAGGCAAAGGCAGGGUGAAGAUGACGGUGGAUUUCGAGGAGUGUCUGAAGGAUUCGCCCCGUUUCAGAGCUGCUUUAGAAGAGGUAGAAGGAGAUGUGGCAGAAUUGGAACUAAAACUUGAUAAGCUUGUGAAGCUUUGCAUUGUGAUGAUUGACACUGGAAAAGCCUUUUGUGUUGCAAAUAAACAGUUCAUGAAUGGGAUUCGAGACCUGGCACAAUAUUCUAGUAAUGAUGCUGUAGUUGAGACAAGUUUGACCAAGUUUUCUGACAGCCUUCAGGAAAUGAUAAAUUUUCAUACAAUCCUAUUUGACCAAACUCAGAGAUCGAUUAAGGCACAGCUUCAGAACUUUGUUAAAGAAGAUCUUAGAAAAUUCAAAGAUGCCAAGAAGCAAUUUGAAAAAGUCAGUGAAGAGAAAGAAAAUGCACUAGUAAAAAAUGCUCAAGUACAGAGAAACAAACAGCACGAAGUUGAAGAAGCCACAAACAUUCUGACAGCAACAAGAAAAUGUUUUCGACACAUAGCCCUUGACUACGUUCUUCAGAUUAAUGUCCUUCAAUCAAAAAGGAGAUCAGAAAUCCUAAAAUCAAUGUUAUCCUUUAUGUAUGCCCACUUGGCCUUCUUUCAUCAAGGAUAUGAUCUAUUUAGUGAACUUGGGCCCUACAUGAAGGACCUUGGUGCACAGUUGGAUCGACUGGUUGUGGAUGCAGCAAAAGAGAAAAGAGAGAUGGAGCAGAAACAUUCCACCAUUCAACAAAAGGAUUUCUCCAGUGAUGAUUCUAAGUUAGAAUAUAAUGUAGAUGCUGCAAAUGGCAUUGUUAUGGAAGGAUAUCUGUUCAAACGAGCCAGCAAUGCCUUCAAAACUUGGAACAGACGCUGGUUUUCAAUACAGAACAAUCAGUUGGUUUACCAGAAAAAGUUUAAGGAUAACCCCACUGUGGUAGUGGAAGAUCUAAGGCUUUGCACAGUGAAACAUUGUGAAGACAUAGAACGGCGAUUCUGCUUUGAGGUGGUCUCUCCAACCAAAAGUUGUAUGCUUCAGGCAGAUUCUGAAAAGCUGCGCCAGGCGUGGAUUAAGGCUGUUCAGACCAGUAUUGCUACUGCUUAUAGAGAGAAGGGUGAUGAAUCAGAGAAGCUGGAUAAGAAAUCAUCUCCAUCCACAGGAAGCCUGGAUUCUGGAAAUGAGUCAAAAGAUAAAUUAUUGAAAGGGGAAAGUGCACUGCAGCGAGUCCAGUGUAUCCCUGGCAAUGCCAGCUGCUGUGACUGUGGCCUGGCAGACCCACGGUGGGCCAGCAUCAACCUGGGCAUCACCCUGUGUAUCGAGUGUUCUGGAAUUCACCGGAGUCUUGGAGUUCAUUUUUCAAAAGUACGUUCUUUAACUUUAGACACAUGGGAGCCUGAACUUUUAAAGCUUAUGUGUGAGUUGGGCAAUGAUGUUAUAAAUCGAGUUUAUGAGGCUAAAGUAGAAAAAAUGGGAAUAAAGAAACCACAACCAGGACAAAGACAGGAGAAAGAGGCAUAUAUCAAAGCAAAAUAUGUGGAGAGGAAAUUUGUGGAUAAAUGUGCUAUAUCAUCAUCACCUCCUGAGCAGGAAAAAAAGAUGAUCUCCAAAAGUUGUGAAGAAAAGAGGCUAAGCAUUCCUAAAUUUGGGCCAGGUGACCAAGUUAGAGCAUCUCCCCAAAGUUCAGUCAAAAGUAAUGACAGUGGAAUCCAGCAGAGCUCUGAUGAUGGAAGAGAAUCUUUACCCUCUACAGUGUCAGCCAAUAGUUUAUAUGAGCCUGAGGGAGAAAGGCAAGAUUCUUCUGUGUUUAUUGACUCUCAACAUCUUAAUCCAGGACUCCAGCUUUAUAGGGCUUCAUAUGAAAAAAAUCUUCCUAAAAUGGCUGAGGCUUUGGCUCAUGGUGCAGAUGUGAACUGGGCUAAUUCAGAGGAAAACAAAGCAACACCACUUAUUCAGGCUGUAUUAGGGGGCUCUUUGGUGACGUGCGAGUUUCUCCUGCAGAAUGGUGCUAAUGUAAACCAAAGAGAUGUGCAAGGGCGGGGACCACUGCACCAUGCCACCGUCUUGGGGCACACCGGGCAGGUUUGUUUAUUCCUAAAACGAGGUGCCAAUCAACACGCCACUGAUGAAGAAGGGAAAGACCCGUUAACUAUAGCUGUGGAAGCAGCCAAUGCUGAUAUAGUGACCUUGUUACGUUUAGCAAGAAUGAAUGAAGAGAUGCGGGAGUCAGAAGGACUUUAUGGACAGCCAGGUGAUGAAACUUAUCAGGACAUUUUUCGUGAUUUUUCUCAGAUGGCAUCCAAUAAUCCAGAAAAACUAAAUCGUUUCCAGCAAGAUUCACAGAAAUUCUGAUAUUUUUUUUUUUUAAGAAGGGGAGAAUACUAAAUCUGGUGACUUCCUAAUGUAUAGAUUUGAAAACUCACACAUUUUACUACUUUACUUAAUUUUAGUUGAUAUUGAGUAGUUUGGAAAAAAGGUACCCAUUCGUUGGUAAAACAUAGGGCUUUAGUAGUUGGAAGAGGAGCCUAUUUUAGGUCCCACAGAAAGGAAGAGAGGCUGUUUAAAGGGCUAUUUUUAUAGAUAAAAAUUGAAUCUAGACUUAGGCCAUCUUUAGGUUACUAUGUUCUAAGAGUUUAAGACAAAAAUCUCUUUUUUUGCUAGUGGAUGGUAGCGUUGAUUUUUCUUCUGUGUGUCGUACCCAGUGUCACAUAUUUGCAUCAAGUGGGAGCCGACUGGUCCUGCCUGCCUCAAGAAUAUGUCUUUUCUUUAGUUUCCCAGAUAACAUUAGUGGUUCAGAAGUGGUUUUAUUUUGCUUUGAUAGCCUAGCUGUUAUACAUACAUAUGUAAUUUAAUUAUUAGCUGGAGAGUAUGUUUCCCCCAUUGGCUCAUAAAUGCAGUUAUAUUCCUUAGAUAUCUGGUUAUUAUCCAGUACUUUAACAUACAUACAGUGUUUGUACAGGUAGAUAUAACUCAGUCUUUCAGUUUUAUUCCAUUUUAUGCAGCAAAAUGAAGCCCUUAACAAGUUUUUUUAAUCACCAAAAGAUUGUCAGUUAUAGAAAUGGUAGUUCUUCAUUGUUGGGUUGAUUUCCUAAAACCUGGACAAAUUAUUGAUGUAAUAAAACUGUUUCAAAGGUUACUUGAAUGUUGCAAAAUUAUGCUUUCAUCAUAUUGUAACUUUCAAAGGAAAAGCUGAUUUAUAGAGUAAUGUAGAGCAUUUUUAUAUUUGAAGUUUGCCCUUUUCAAGAUACAUUUUUGCUAUUGGUCUUUGUGAAAGAAAAAUCUCUUUGUAAAAGGAGAAAAAAACAAUGUUUUUCUUAGCUUUAAUUAAAAUAUAGCAUUAAAUUGCUUUUUAAUUUUUUAACAUCUAUUCUGUGUACUUGUUGUAUACAGUGUAUGUUCUUUUAAAUUAUAACAUCUAUAUAGCUUUAGUAUUUGGUUUUAUGAAUCAUAGGCCCUUGAAUUCCAAAAUAUGGAUAUACUAAUUUAUCAUUAUAUGCUACAAAUUAGGCUAAUUCCACCUUUGGUUGACAUAUCUUGUCAGGAGAAUAAAUAAUUUAGUAAUUUGCCUUAUGGUUUCUUUUUUAAAAAAUGUUUUUAUUGAUUUUUAUUUUUUUUUUGAGAGAGAGAGAGAGAGAAAGAGAGGAAGGAAGGGAGAGAGAGAAACAUUGAUUGGCUGCCUCCUGAGCCCAAAACCUGGAAUCAAACUGGUGACCUUCUGGUGCACAGGACAAUGCUCAACCAACUGAGCCACACUAGCCAGAGCAUGGUUUCUUUCUAAUAUUGUCAACAAUUAAAUUUAAUCUUAUUGUACAAGUUACAUGUGUUAUCAUUGAUACUCAGUUUCUAAAUAAGAGAGUUUUUAAAAUUUGGGUUAUCAAAUAAGUAGGUAAAUACUAUUUAAUAGGGUAGAGAUACAUUUUCUAACGUGCCUUCCUCCCAAUAACUAGAGUUUUAUAAAUUAAUUGACUUUCAAAACGGAAUCUGUCUAAACAGAAAUUAUACUGAAAUAAAUGCACAUCACAGGAAAGGUUCCAUGUUCGGUCAAAUUGCAUGCAUAUAAUGGUUAUUUAGUAAUAAUCACUGCAUAUCAGAUAAGAAUAAAAACUGUAUUUAUGAAUUAUUUCUAAGGCAAUCCUAACUUCCAAAAGCCUUGUAUUGUAAUUAAACCAAUAACAGUCAUAGUGUGGCUCAGUUGGUUGAGCAUUGUCCUGUGCACCAGAAGGUCGCCAGUUUGAUUCCCAGUUGGGGCACAUGCCCAGGUUUUGGGCUCAGGAGGCAGCCAAUCAAUGUUUCUCUCUCUCCCUUCCUUCCUGUUUUAAAUCUCUCCUGUAUUACCUCAGAGUCACAGAUCAUCUGGCUUGGCAAAAGUUUGAUAUAUAUCACUUUUAUUAGAGUGUACUUGAGAUUGAUUUUUCGAAAAACUCAAGCAUAAGGAAAUACGUUGAAAACAACAAAAAGAAAGAAAAAGAGAGCUUCACUUUUCCUUUGCAGUGCCCAUUCCUGCUAAAGCUCCUGCCCUUUAUCUGAGGAAGCCUAGGCAGAUUUCCUUUUGGAUUCAGCCAUUGGUGCUUCAGAAAACCUGUGUAAUCUCUAGUUGUGAAGGCAAUUCUUCAUGACGCUCUUACCUCCUGUGGCUUGAGUCAUGAAUUGUUAAUGUGGCAGUAAUUAGUGCCCACUUACAUUUAAUGGUUAGAGAUGUAUUUAAAGUAUACUAAAGAUGAUCAUGGUUUGAAUAUCUUCAGAGAAGGCAAAAUAUUUAACAGUACAGGGAAUCUGGUACUACAAAAUACAUUCCUGUGGCUUGAUUUCUUAAAUAUGCUGAGACAUAAUUUGGAUUAAAUUUGGUAGAAAUGAUACAGUAAACAGCAAGGCUCUAAAGUAUAAUAGUUACAAGUAGUUACAAAGGGUGGCUCUUACCAGGGUAAAUUUAGCUGUCAAGUAACAUCUUUUCUAUAGUAUGUAACAAAUUUGAGUUUUAUUGCGCUGUGAAUUACUCAGUGCAUUAUGAGAAACUAUAGUGGGAACAAUGUUAAUUAUACCCUUGGGCUUCAUAGGUCAGUGUGACUGCCCUUUGUUUUCUUAACUGAUCUGCUGAUACUAGUUUCUGAUUCUUUCUCAUUAUUCCGUUAGUGCAUUUCAUUAGCUCAUUAACUUAGAUUACUAUUAAAAUAAAAAUAUUAUUUGCACUAUGAGGAGUUCAUCCGGUGCAGUUUCAUGUUAGAACUAGACUAAAGGUAAUUGAGUAGUUAUUUGAAAUUCUAUAAGGUUUUAAAAAUUACCUUUGGUACAGUCCUUAGAAAUCCAGGAAUUUCCAGGGAUUCACUACAUUACAGUGUUUGCUUAAUUUAUACUGGUCUUGACUAUAGACUUUAAUGAACUUUGCUGUUUGUUUCUCAAAAUGUAUAGAUUUAAUUUGGAAUAUGUACUUCGUUCUUCAUGAGUGCAUUUUGAAAAAGAAAAAUCCCAUAAAAACAUAUACCUUUACACUCUGGACAUCUCAAGUUUGUGAUGUGUUAAGCAGUAUUUUAGAAAUAUAAUUUUAUAAAUGUAAAGUAUGGUCACAAUCAACCAAAUUGUAUUUAAGACUAAACUUACUACCCAUUUUGAAUAAUGAGACGUUUCCAUAUCACUCUUAGAUUGUCAAAUUAACUUUUCUGUUUGUUAGCACCUUUGACCAUGGACAUGAGUUGGAAAAAUGAUGUUUUUAUAGAAUUGUUUGUCCAGAAUGACUUCAGACCUGCAUAGUGGAAAGACCACUGACUAGUAAUUACUAUUCUUUUUGGAUUCAGAGCUCCUCACAAAUAAACCAGUGUGAUGAAGCAAAAUGAAACUAUAACAGUAUCCCUUUGUAUACUGUUCUGCUGUUCACAAUGUACUUGGACAUUACUUUAUCUCACCUGAUUUCACAGUAGGACUUCUCUGCGCAAGCCAACACUGUCUCUUCUUUGAUCUGGUUCACUCCUCUUGUUUUCCAGAGGGGGUCACUGGUGUGCUGGUUGGUGGCAUAGAUGACACCAGAGCCCCCUUGUCUGUCGUUAAUAGUCAGAGGCACUUUAUUUGUAUCAUGAAUUGAUUUGAAAUCAUUGUAAAGCAGCAACAUCUGAUAAUGACUGCCAGCUUUCCUUGUGUUUUGAUAAAAACUCCAAAUAUUCUGGAGAACCUGGCUAUAUAAUUACCUUGAAGGAAUAGAUUAGGAUUUGACAACAUUAAAUUACAGGAAAGUUUACAUUUUGCAAUAACAAACAUUAAUGAAAAGUAAAACAUUGCAAAGGUAAUUUUAAUUUACUAUAUACAGGCAUACCUCAUUUCAAUGUGCUUUGCUUUAUUGCACUUCACAGAUAUUGUGUCUUUACAAAUUGAAGGCAAGACCCUCCAUCAGCAAAAAGAUUAUGACUUACUUUAUGGCAAUACUUGCUUUAUUGUGGUGGUCUGGAAAUGAACCCACAAUAUCUCUGAGGUAUGCCUGUACUUAAAAAUUUCUUGAUGAAAGAUAACUAAAAGGGGCUUGGAUUCAAUUUGGUUGAAUCCUGACAUCUGCAAAUAUAAUUUUGUGGACAUCCUUUUCUGUUUACAUACAUUUAUUUACUUAAAAUGAGAUAAUGGGGGAGAGAAGCAAGGUUUGAUUAAAUAAGCUUUUCUCUAUAUUGGUCUUUUCACUAUUUUAUGUUCUAGAUUUUUUUUAUUUUUUCCUCAACACCGCUCCCCACCUUUUUGGUGUUAAUUUUAAACAGGGAAAGCUCGCUACAUUAUAAAGAGUGCUGACAUCAUUUAUUUUACACAAAGGCUUAAGGUUAACUUUUGGAAAUGAUGAGCUACUUUUCUGCAUAUGUUUACUUGUGCUUUGUGGUAUUUUGGAUCAUUCCAGGCAUAAAGACUUGUUACAUGUAAUAUUUCUUGCUAUCUGUGAAAGGGUAUAUUUUGAAGAAUGUAUAACCAACACAUUUACUUUUUAUUAGUAUGUAGAGGAUUUGUAUCUAAUUCAUGAAUGUAGUUUUAGUGUAGUUUGUCAUUGUAAAUGAAACAAAGUACAUUAUCUUUAUAUAGUUAUUCUAAAAUGUACAUUAUGUAAGAAAUGUAAAUAUUACAUUUGAUUAAAUACUUUGUAUGCUGAAAAAAUUAUUAUAAGUCAAUAAAAAUUUCACGUCUGGCAUAGUUC